CUUAUGAGUUAAACACACGCUAAAGUUAAUGUCUGCAGGAGUUUUUACACAACAGUUUGCCUAAAAAUGUCAGACGCAGGCCUAGAUCAAGAUGGACAAAAACCAAAAGGCGUAUUCUCUACUUUAAUGGCUGAUGGAGAUUGGAUGUACACUAAAGGGGAGUACAAAAAGGCGAUACAAAGCUAUACAACGGCACUGACAUUAAAGCCUAAUGAUAAGACAUGCUACGUUGGCCGAUCCAAAUGUUACCUGAAGAUGGGGCAAUCUGAAAACGCUUUGAAGGAUGCAGAGGCUUCACUCAAAGAAGACAAGUCCUUUUUUGAGGGAUUGUACCAGAAAGCAGAGGCCUUGUACUACAUGGGGGAAUUUGAAUUUGGGCUGGUGUUUUACCACAGAGGACAAAAGCUACGUCCACAAAUACAGGAGUUCAGACUGGGUAUCCAGAAAGCACAGGAGGCCAUAGAAAACUCUGUUGCAAGCUCUUUCUCUGUAAAACUGGAGAUAAAAGGGGACCUAUCAUUUUUACAAAAAGAUGAGGAGAGGGCCCAACCAAUAGCUGCUAUUCUGAAUCUGACCACGGAGAAAAAACUGCAGACAAAGAAGACGCCCAAAAGUGAGAAGACAACCAAACAACUGCUUGGAGAGUUUUACAGUGAUAAGAAGUAUCUAGAAACCCUGCUCAAAGAUGAAGAUCUGGUAAAAGGCAAGACAAAAAGUGGGGAGCGACUUCAGGACGUCAUUCAGGGCUGCCUCACAUACCUUGACUCUUGCACUGAGUUUUGGAACCAGGAGAGACCUAUUGGUGCACACAAAAAGGAGCGCAAGGUCAAGCAAAACAAUUGCACUAAAGGGCACAGCGCACCCUCUGAGACUGUUCAGUUUCUUCUGAAGAGCCUGGAUGGCAUUGAUGCAGAGUUGACAUCAGGAAAUGCAGAAGGUAGCCUGAUGAAGGCAGAAGAAGUCAUGAAGGUAGUGCAGGGCUGGUCCGAGAAAGAGGUGCCUAAUAAGAAAGAGGUUAUUGGCAGCCUGCACAGUUGUAUUGGGAAUGCCUUGAUCGACCUGGGAGACAUGGACAAAGCUUUGGAGCAUCAUCAAAAAGACUUGGAGUUGGCUAAGCAGUGCAAACUCCCAGAUGCAAUGUCCAGGGCUCUGGACAACAUUGGGCGGGUUUACGCCCAAAUUGGACAGUUCGCACAAGCCAUCGAGUUCUGGGAGAUUAAGGUUCCCUUGGUCUGUGGUGGUUUGGAAAAGACCUGGUUGUUUCAUGAGAUCGGCAGGUGUUACCUGGAGCUCAAUCGCCACGAAGAAGCCCGAGCCUAUGGCGUCCGCUCAGUGGCUGCUGCCGAUGAAAUUGCUGAUGAGAAAUGGCAGAUGAAUGGCCAUGUUUUGGUGGCACAAGCAGAAUUGAAACUUGGAAACGUUGGAUCUGGUGUCUUUCACUUUGAGAGAGCUUUGACCCAGGCCAGAUUGCAAGAAGAUGACUCUGCCAUGAAUGUCAUUCAGAAGGCCCUUGAUGAAGCCAAGCAACACCUUCCACAGUGAGGAUGACCAUCGCAAGAUAUGUGGUGCUUGAGUGUUAAUUGAGCAGAAGGCAUACAGAAAACACAUAUAAUAAAAUGGAAAAUUGUAGAAUAAAAAUAUACCAAUAAAAGGAAAUUGGCAACUGA